CAGAUUCUUAGAGAGCUUAGUGAACAUGGAGAAUAUAGCAAGCACAAAAUAUACUCUCAAGUAUUUGUCACAGGCAAAAGAUGAAGUCAAGGAGAGACUCUGUGACAGGUCCAAUAAGGCUACCACAAAGACUCUAGCCAAGGAAAACAGUAAGCCCCAAGAGUUCAAACUUCACACUGAACAAAGAGCUUAUAAACGUGCAAUGUUCAACUAUUCUGUUGCAACCAAACUAUACAUCAUGGAGCUACAGAAGAAACAAAUAGAAAAGAUCCAAAAGAUCAUAGAAGAGGAGGAGAUCCGCAUGCUGAGAAAAGAAAUGAUCCCAAGAGCCCAGUUGAUGCCUUUCUUUGAUAGACCUUUCUUUCCACAAAGAUCAAGCAGGCCUUUGACAAUACCAAGAGAGCCGAGUUUCCACAUGUUGAACAGCAAGUGUUGAAGCUGCAAAUCUGGGAAUGAAAUCUUAACAUUUUGAAAAUGUCCAAGCUUGGAACGACAAAGUGAAACCACACCUCAAUGGGAGUUCAUUUGUAAAAUGUAAUUUUUGUUGGUGUUUCAGUUUUCAUCUAUGUACGACAACAUAUGUAGUCAUAGAUUCUUGUAGGAAGUGUGAUUAGUUGGCCUUUUCCACAGCCAUAACCCCUCAUCUCAAUGGGUUUUAUAAUUAGUGUCUUUUUUCUCAUGUUAAUAACAUGAAUUUUUUACUUUUGAUUUUA